CAUGCACCAAACCAAAAGUCAACAAAGAACAAAGCGAACAGUAGGCGUGGCCAAGGUAGAUCCAAGGAGUGCGAAGGAAUCAUUCAUUCAAGGAGGUGUGCCAGGUGUGGCCCAAGUAUGGAGACAAGAAAAGAGAGGCAAUUUUAGACCUAAGAAGGACGUGCCGAAGAAGGAAGAAAAGAAAAAGGUGCAGGUCGAAGUGAAAGAAGAAAAAGAAGUUGUUGUCAAGAAAGAGCCUGAGGAUUCCGUAGCUGAGGUUGAAAAGCCGGAAGAGUUGGAAAAGCAAGGUGAAGAGAAACCAGAGAAAAAAGCUGACGAAGAAAAGGAAGGCAGCCCAGAAAAGGGAAAGCAGGACGAGAAGAAAGCUGACGAAGAAGGCAGUCAAACUGGUGAUCAAAGGGGUCUUGCUUUUGAGGGGCUGCCGAAUGCUGCUUUCCGCUGCCACUUGUGCAAGAAGAGCAUGUGGGACGCUAGGUCAUUUGACAAUCACAUUCACGGGGUGGCGCACCUGCGUAUGCUGGACACAAUCGAGAAGGAGUAUUCGGCAAAGGCCAAGUCUCUGCGUGAAGCUUGCCAUAGUGAGGAGUUGCGCAUGCAGAGGAGCCUGGAGCACGACGCCAGGAUGAAGAACAAACCUUUGCCGACCAGGCGUGACUUCUGCAAAAUGUGCGACAUGACCAUCAAUGGCUCCGUCUUGAGUCACCGUCGCUCCUCUCAGCACCAGGCGCUGAAGAAUCAUUUGCACCCCAAGUGUUCCACUUGCCAGAUCGAUCUUCCGUCAAGGAUUGAUCUCGACAUUCAUGUUCUGACAGCCGAGCAUUUAAAAAGGCUGUUCAGGGAUGUGAUCAGCAAGAACAAGGAGAGGAAGCGUGAAAGAAGUGGGGAAAGAUCCAGGAAGAAGAUUGAGCCAGUUGGAGAAUUUGAUCCGAAGAAACCAGUCGGGGAAAGCUUCAUGUUGAAAGUGACUGGAAUGUUCUGCAAGCUGUGCCGCCGCUUCUUCCUCAGAGAGGACCUAAAUCUGAAGGAUCGACCAUUGCAAAACCAAGGAACAUUAUGACAACUUGCGGUUGCUCAUCAGAAAGAGGAGGUGAAAAAAUAAGAUGACGCAGCCAAGAAGAAGGAGGAAGAAAAAGCGGCUGAAAUAGCUGAGGAUGGUCCUGAAGCCAAGGGGGCAAAGUCUGACCAGGGUGAUGAGGAAAAAAGAGCUGUACGAUCCG